AUGAGAACAACUUUGAUACUUAGAUCUAAGAUCAAAGAUAUAGCUGUGAUUGGUGGUGGUCCAUGCGGUGCUGGUCUUACGAAGGCAUUAUUAGCUGAAAACUCAUUUUCUAAAGUUAAAGUCUAUGAAAGACGUCACAAAUUAGGUGGUUUAUGGAAUUAUACUGGAUUAAAAUCUAAAUGUGACAAUGUUGUCAGUGUACCCUCAACAGAUCCUAGAAGAACAAUUCAAAAGUUAAAAUAUGGGGACAAAAAGUUUUUCGAAUCACCUGUUUAUAAAUAUCUUGAUGCUAAUGUUCCAAAAGAUUUGAUGGCUUAUAAAGAUCAUCCAUUUGGCGAUGAUAUACCUUUAUUCCCUCGUCAUGAACAAAUUUUGAAAUAUAUUGAAAAUUAUUCAGAAAGUAUAAAAGAUCAAGUCAGUUUUGAAGAAGAAGUCACAAGUGUUUCAUUUGAUAAAGAACAACAAAAAUGGAACGUGAUUUCCAAAUCUUUGAAUACCAACGUGGAAACCAAAGAAGUCUAUGAUGCUGUUGCGAUUGCAACAGGAUCUUAUGAUCAACCAAUGAUCCCAAAUGUUCCUGGUAUUUCUGAAUGGUCUAAACAAUUUCCAAACUCAAUUCUCCAUGCUAAAAAUUAUGAUGAACCUGCACAAUUCCAAAAUGAUAAAACUAUUUUAGUUGUGGGUAAUUCAGCUUCAGGUGCUGAUAUUGCUUACCAAUUGGCAACACAUUUGGAUAAAAUAAUUUAUAAAUCUGUAAGAUCUGAAAAUCCAUUACCAGCUGGUAAAGAUGAAAGAAUUAAAGAUGUUCCUGAUCUAUUAAGAUUUGAACCAGAAACUAAAACAAUUCACUUUAAAGACGGAUCAAGUUUAAAGAACGUUGAUAAAGUGAUAUUUGCAACUGGUUAUUUGAAGUCAAUCCCUUUUAUCAAAGAUGAACCAUUGAUUACAGAUGGACAAAAAGUUCAUGGGCUGUACAAACAUUUAAUCUAUUAUAAUAACCCAACAUUGGCAGUUAUAGGAUUACCAAGAUUUGUAUUACCAACUAGAUUAUCAGAAACUCAAGGUUGUUGGUUAGCUAGAGUUUGGUCUGGUAGAUUAUCAUUACCAAGUCGUGAAGAAAUGAUUGAAUUUGAUAAAUCAAUUGAAGCACCAGAAGAUAGAAAAUACCAUGAUUUAGAUUUCCCAAAAGAUGUCGAAUAUUCAAAUGAGUUGAAUAAUCAAGUGAAUUCAGCUUUAGGUGACUAUGGUUAUUUUGCAGUUCAUUGGGAUGAAGAACAAACCAGGAUUAGAUCCGCUAUUAAACAAAUCAAAGAAGGUUAUAUCAAAUACAUGGCAGAUAAAGGGAAACCAGCAUACUCUUUGAAAGAGCUAGAAGAACAAGGAUAUUUUGAGUAUCCUGCAUCAAAUAAAUAG